CGCGUUUGACGUCAUUAUAAGAAAGGUCUAUAGGGUCAAUUAAUGGCACUUAAGUCUAUAAUGGAAGUUGUGGAUGAAAAUAUCGUUAGACCAGGUUGUGUUUAUUUACAUUAUAGUCUUUUUUCAGUAGCCAAUCAUAAUGCUUUGUAUUUAAGAGAUGGGAUUUUUAAACACUUGCCACAUGUACAUGCCGUCAUUUUUUUCUCAAUUUGCAUUUGUCGGGACACCUUAUUGAAUGACAAACGAGAUCCAGUAAAAAAGCAUACUUUAUACGCAGCACUCUGGUGCCCGGCGGUCCUGUUAGAGAAUAAACAUAUCAUAACCUACAAGUAAGUUACCUAUAUACGCGUAUACAAUAAUCUAAAUGAGCGAAAUCUUCAAUCGUGUUUUCGCAUCGGUUCUGCACAGAGAAACAACGCUGCAUGCAUGUCAAUGCAGGGUCUGCUAAUCUUAAAGUUAGCGUGUUUCUGAUAUUUCUAAACACGAAUAAAUAUAUAGAUAGAAAGGCAAAAAUGUUCUCCGUGUUUACCAUAUAUACUUACCCUUGACGGGCAUAUUCAAACCUAAGAAUGUAAAUUUGUCCCUUUCCCUCACCAGAUCACUCAUUAUACGAGUGCCUAGGCCUUGGGGCCCAAAGGCUAAGAUACUCACGGAGGAAAGCUUUUAUUUAAAGAACGUGUAGCGAACGAGCAUAAAUAAAACCGAAGUUAGCUGCAUGGCACACUUUAGACCUGACGAGAGAACACUCGCUAGAGUGCUGUCGUAACAAAUUUGUAGUUUUUCAUGUGUAAAUUUUUUAUGUGUAAAUUUUUUAUGUGUAAAUGUGUAAUAUAGGCGUUUUGUCAUUUCGGCGAUUUAUAUAUUUAUAUUUAAACAUUUUUUAUGCAUUUAGAAACGAAAUUACUGUCUGCUGUUGUCAUGAAUUACCAUAGAAUUCUGUCUGUCUUUCUGCUGUUGCACUACAAGCAGAUCUGUAUUUCCUUGGUUUCACACGCUGUAUUCCGAUUGACCUUGUCAGGUCAUCGCCUGGGUGGAAAUGUCAUCAAUGAGUUUGACACACAUGAUGUUUUGGAAUGUUGUCUACACUGUCUCAAAAAAUCAUCUGUGUGCAAAUCAGUCAAUUUUAAACGAAAUUCAAAAAAUUGUCAACUCAACAACGCCACGAAAAAUACGCAUUCUCACGAAUUAAUGUCCGAUGAAGACUACGAUUAUUAUGAACCGCUGAAAGAGUUGCAGAGAACAAUAAAACGAGAUUCUACGUUAAAUAACGAAUCUUGUGAUACUUUGUACAAAUCAGGCAAGGUAACUACGGGCACUUAUACAAUCAACCCGGAUGGUUUGAAAGAUUUUGAUGUUCGCUGUGAUAUGACAACCAGCCCAGGAAGAGGCUGGACCAUUUUCCAGCGACGUGUCGAUGGAUCAGUCGACUUCCACAGAAAUUGGUCUGAUUACAAAGUUGGUUUUGGUAAUUUGACUGGUGAAUACUGGUUAGGUCUUGACAAGAUCCAUCGUCUGACAGCUAGCGGGCAGAAUACAUUGAGAGUUGAUCUCGAAACAUUUGAAAAUGAGACAGCGUACGCAGUUUAUGAAUCGUUUACUGUGGCGAACGAAAGUCACGGUUAUCGCCUAAAAUUGGAUAAUACUUCAUUCACAGGUACUGCCGGAGAUUCUCUCGAAGGAAACAGUGGGAUGAAGUUCACCACUCAAGAUGUUCACAAUGACUUUUUGCCGAAAAACUGUGCUAAAGAGUGGAGUGGUGCUUGGUGGUUUCGUAGGUGCGGUGCUUCAAACCUGAAUGGGAAAUAUUCAAAGGCUCCGGAAGACGAGUUGGCUAUUGGUAUCCGUUGGAGAAGAUUUAAAGAUAAUUUUUCUUUUAAAGUUGCUGAAAUGAAAGUCGGACCUGGUGAUGUCUAAAAUAAGGGUCAUAAUUCAAGACAUUUCCGGCUAACCGGAUGUUGUAUACUAAAGUGAUGUUACGUAGUAUUUAAAACACGAGUAUAGGAGUGUGUUAAAUCGCUCGGCUGCGCCUCGCGUUUUAUACCGCAUAAAACACGAGCUACGAGUAUUCAAUAGACGUUGCGACUAAUCGGAUUGAACAUGAACUUUAUAUAAAGCCACAUGUGUCUUUAUAUAAAACAGUGUCCUGAUAGUGCUUUAUCGAGUAUAAAAGCCUACUCACGUGUUUAAAAAGGUUCAUUGGAUUGGUCAAAACGUCUAUUGAAUA